UUGUAUCAUUUCAUCCUAACCCAUCAAAGCAGCAACACAGCAGCCAGCAGCGUUGUGUGGCAUAGUGCAAGACUCAAAGUUGAAAAGAGAAAGUGCGUUUUGUCGAUUUGUGUGCGGUACAAAAGCCGAAAGUGUGCACAACCCUCAAAAGGACUAUACAACAAGAACAACAACAACACAAACAAGUGAAAACAAAAAUAAAAAAAAAAAAAAACAAUAACAAUAAGAAAUAUGGCAAACAAUAAAGUUAUUUUCGGUGUCUUGUGUUUGGUGACGCUGUCCGCUGCGCUCCCGGCUGAGGAAACGCGCGGCCAUGCCCGCAACGCCAUCGGCGGCGACAAUGACAUUAUGGAUAGCAUCUAUAGCGAUUGCCUGCGCAAGGAUUCCGUCUCGUGCGUCAAAUACAAGCUGUUCAACUUUGUCGACAAGGUGCUCGGCGCACGCGAUCAGUAUGCUCUCACCGAGGGCGUCACUGUUGUCCGUUCGCCAGAUGCGCCCGUUCAGGAGGCAGCCCGCUCCAUUUCUGGUGAUGAGUCGUUCGAGUCGCUGGCACUGAAUCGCAUCAGCAGCUUCCUCAACACGCACAACAUCAAGGUCGAACUAAAGGGUGCCGAUAUUGUGCAGGCGGUGAGCUCCACUGGACGCGCCUUGGAGGAUGCCUCGGAGUCGCUAUUCGGCAGCAAUGAUCCCAAUGCGCCCGAGGAGAGCCGUGGCAAGAAGAAGAAGGCCGCCAAAAUCUUGGGCCCCAUUCUGGCUUUGGUCGCACUGAAGGCCGCCGCUCUGCUGCCCCUGCUGCUGGGCGCCAUCGCUCUGAUUGCCGGCAAGGCUCUGCUCAUUGGUAAGAUCGCCCUGGUGCUGUCGGCCGUGAUUGGCCUGAAGAAGCUGCUGUCUCAGGAGAAGCAUGUCACCUACGAAGUGGUCGCCCAUCCCCAUCACAGCAGCAGUCACUCGGUCAGCCAUGGCGACUCAUAUGGCAGCGGCUAUAGCGCCGAUGCGGGCGCCUCCUCGGCCUCGUACGGCAGCAGCGGACACGGCGGCUGGGGACGCUCCAUCGAUGCCCAGGAUCUGGCCUAUGGUGCCCAGAAACCCCAGGCCUAAGUGAAGCCACAGUCAGCAACCACAAGAACCACAUGAACCACAUGAACCACACGAACCACAACCACAAUCACUGACUCGAGCCGCAACGCUCGCACACGACAGACUCUUGAUGAGGAACACAUAUUAUUUAUUGUUCGUUUUAAUUAAUUUAUUAAUAUAAUUUAUUUUAUUUAUUUUUCCACACGAAAAAGCGCAAAGCAACGCACACAAAAACGGAAACUAAACAAAAAAAAAAAAAAAAAAAAACAACAAACAAAAAACAGAUGAUUUAAAACAUUGUUAAAGGACAUUGUAGCGAAAAGAGAAGAAGCAGAAGAUGAGCCCAGAGCCACGAUCAGGCUGGCUGAGUGUGCGUGCAUUUAGCUGCUUGACAUACAUACAUACCAUACAUACCAUACACAGAUACACAUUUGUAUCUUAUAAAGCCUAAAGUUAAGUUUGUAAAAAAAAGCACAAAGCGAGAGUUAAAGUCGGUACCUUAUGCAAAACGUUUCAAAAUACUCAUAAGCCCAGGCGGCGACUCUGUGUAGCGUUCAGCCUUAGGUCUAAGCUCGCACCAGGAACUCACUUACACACACGCACACACACUUGCACACACAUCUAUCUAACUAUCUCACUCUCUCUCUCUCUCUCAUUCUCUCUCUCUCUCUCUAUCUGCAUCUGUCACUUGCUGUCGCACAGUCUCUGAGUCAUAGCUCGUUCACGUUAUCUCCCUGUCCAUCCUAUCGCUAUUUACACUAUCCAUCUAGAGACUAUACCAAAACUUUGCUGGUUGCCAUGCAACUGUCUAACCUACUGUACACACUACUCUACAGCAAUACUCUACUCUUUAUACUCUACUGUCUACUGUACUCUACUCAACUAUUCUGUACUCUUUACAUGCAAUUCUAGUCUUAUAUUACAACAGAAAAAGAAAACUACAGCAACUAGCUUUAACUCAA